AUGGAAGGGUCGAAACGAACUACCGUUUUGCUGGAAUUGUAUUCGAACUCGGUCACUGAAGCUCUCCAGAAAAAUCGGAAUAAAAAGUCUUAUCAUCUGGUUCUUGGGCCUGCUGAUAGCCAAGGCUUGCCUAAUCGGUUGCAAUGCGAAGGUAUAAGGCUGAGUGUGAAUGUUUUGAUAUAUCUUGAUGUGAAAAAGGCUCUAGAAGAUGGAAUGAAGCUUUACGUAUCAGACAAUAGAGUGAUCUUGACUGAAGGUUUUGAUGGUAUUUUGUGCCUGUAAAGUACUUUGAAAAGAUCGAGUCAUUGCGAGAUAGACUACCAAUGUCAUUUCCAACAUGACAUGAUUAUGAUUGUUUUCACACCCAUGAAAUGAUCGAUUAUAGUUACGAGAGGCCCUUGUUGUUUUGUGUCAUGUACUUGGCAUGCUACACCAUGCAUGUAGCUUAUGGUGAAUGAAUGAAAUUGAU